GAGUUCCUCGACGAGCUUUUGCGAUUUGAUGGGCGAGGGUAUUGGGCCAAGGCGGGACCCUUGUGCCCUGUCUGCGGGUCUACAUCUCCCUGUGUCAUCCGGUGUGACGACUGUUUUGGACGAGUCCCUAUGUGCGAGAGCUGUGCGCGACUUGCACAUACAUCCAAUCCUUUGCAUCGUAUCAAGCGCUGGAAUGGCCGUUAUUUUGCUCUCGAACGUCUCUCGUCACUUGGAAUUUUCAUUCAGCUUGGCCCUCACAUCCCCGGAACCGAAUGCCCAACUCGCGCUGCGAUCACGGACUUUGUCGUCGUUCACACGAACGGCAUACACUCCAUAACGGUCUGCGAGUGUAAUUGUUCCUCAACUGACGCUCCUCGGUACACUCAACUCUUACGCGCUGGUAUUUUCCCUGCCACGGUUUUGGAUCCUCGCACUGGCGCAACGUUUGAGGCCCUGCGGCUCUUCCACCUCCUUUCCCUCCAAGGCAAAUUGACGGGCUAUGACUUCGUACGCGCCCUGGAGUUAGCCACUGACAACACCGGCCUAGUUGACCUCCCGUCUCGCCUCCGUCCUUUCAUGGUAAUGGUACGAGAGUGGCGCCACUUGAAAAUGCUCAAGCGAGCAGGGCGUGGCCACGAUCCUACCGGCGUUAGUGGCACCAAGCCUGGAAGCCUCGCCGUCAUCUGUCCUGCCUGCCCGCACCCUGGAAUCAAUCUUCUUCCGGGUUGGGACGCCGUCCCGCCAAGAGACAGGUGGCUUUACCGACUUAUCCUUGCGAUGGAUGCCAACUUCCGUCUGAAGAACCGUCUUCGGUCCAGCGUUCGAGGAGAUCCUUCACUCGGUUCUGGUUGGGCAUACUUUGUGAACGACGGGGAGUAUCGCGACCAUAUCAUGCAAUAUGCAACGCAAGAAGAGAUUAGCACCUGUUCGGGCUUUGCGGCCCUCGCAAAAGCAAAUAAUAGGAACACCAAGGGCCUGCGUUCGACUGGCGUUGGUGCGGUGAUAUGUUCUCGCCACUCGUUCUGGAGGCCGAAUGGGAUCGGCGAUCUGCAAAGGGGCGAACGUUUCUGUAAUAUGGACUUUAUCUUCUGUGCCGCAACUUCGGGCAUUCGAGCUGGCCAGGUUCUUCUCUCGUACGACAUAGCUUGCCAAUGGCGGAUCCACUUCUUCGACCGACUCGCAGGGCUUCCUCCUCGUAUACGAUUCCGCCUCCCGCCUGAUGCGAUUCAGUUUGGGGUCCCCAAGUUCCACCUCCCGCCGCAUGAACAUCGAUGUCAAGCCCCUCACUCAAUGAACUACAAACCCGGGGUAGGCGAGACGGACGGAGAGUCGAUCGAGCGGAACUGGGCUGGGUUAAAUCCCGCUGCAGGCAGUACACGAGAGAUGGGGCCGGGGUCACGCCACGACACGUUGGACGACCACUGUGGCCACUCUAAUUGGCGAAAAGUGGUCACUUUAAGCUCGUCUGGUACCCAGCUCUUACGGCGCCUGACGCACGCUUUGGCCGAAGGCAGAGAGCACAUCGAGAUCUUCGAGGAAUUCACGCAAGAUGUCGAGGCGUCGCAUGCUCAGCAACUGGAAGAUUGGACCACCGCAAUCACCGCCUACGAGGAGAGGGAGAUGGAUCCAAACGACGAGAGCCCGUAUGAUGUCGCCGGAGAAGAACUCACGCUUUCGGCGAUCACCAAGCGACUCACGGAAGAGGAGGCCCAGCUGGUCAAGGCGCAGUCCACAAACAUCAUACCAGGCCGCCACUCUUUCCUUCUCUUAGGAAUUUCGAUUGAGGCCGACCAGCGAGCUCUAACUGAGCGUGCAAAGAGCGUCAACACGAUAAGGCAAGACACAAAGUUCACUGACGAUCAAACGUCCCUCCUCCGACGCUUGCAGCGUUUUCGCCAUGAACAAAGCCAACACAUGCCCCACGUCUCCGCUCUCAUCAAGCCCGAGGACAACCCUUCAGCAUCCAACCACAGCACCCGUGCACCGCAGUCCAUCCACCUCUACAUGCCCUCCGAUAUCCCUAGCGACCUUCGCCCUACCUACUGCGACCCCGCUCUGAUCGAGAUGGAGGCCGACAUUCGCCUCGCUUGCUGUGCCGACCAUGUGCAAGAGCUUCGGCGCCAGCUCCACCUCCGGGUUUAUCUCAACAAGCUGAAGGUGAAGAAUGUAACGGGACAACGGGGAAAUACGCGGGCGAGGUCGAUGCAGGAUACGGUGGAUGAGAAGGUUUCGGCGGCGGCAUCUGCGUACAGGAAAGCACGGGCGGCUUAUGCGGCCUUGAAGGGUACGGAGGGAGCGUGGGCGAAGAGAUAUCGAGUGCUGGAAGAUCGGGACGUAGUAGGGUUGGGAGAGAGGGUUCAGACCGAGAUCCAGAGGUUGGAGGAGGAGAGAACGAGGCGUUUGGUUCGCCACGGUCGCGCCGACAUCCCAAUCACGUCCGGUGAGAGCAGACGGAAGAUCUCAUGGCUUUGGUACACGGGUGCUCUGGAUGAUGAGGAGGAGAUGGCGGGCGUUCGGGUUGAGUGGUUGAAGGCGCGCGCGCGCGCGCAGAGAUGGGAGGAGGAGAUUCGCCUUCUCCUGGAGGAGAUGAAUCGCUCGCUGCGCACGUUCGAGAAUCGUGAAGUGUGGUGGCGCGGUCAGAUUGAGCGGACGGCGACGGAAUGGGGGUUGCAGGAGGGCCUUCAUGCCUACAGAGAGGAGCAUGCUGAUUUGUAUAGGCAGCUUCAUGAGUCAUUCGCGAAGUCGUGGGCUCCCAAACAGCAGGUGGCUCGGCUUUUCCUUGCUCGCGCAUCUGUGCUCGACCAGCAGAGGCUCGACUAA